AUGUUGCAGUGGUCUCUACUCAGCACCCUUGUCUGGAGCCCUGGCUCCGUCCUGCUCAUUCUGGUCCUCCUGCAUAGACUAUGUAUGUGGCCUUGGCAUAAGUCUCAUCUUUGGGACCUCCAGCACUGCUCCACAGACUUGACUGGGAAGACAGCGGUGGUGACUGGAGCCAACAGUGGUAUUGGGAAGGCCGUGUCCCAGGAGCUGGCCCGCCGUGGGGCCCGGGUGAUCCUUGCCUGCCGUAACUGGGAGUGUGGGCAGCAAGCCCUGGCUGAGAUCCAAGUAGCCUCGAAGAACAACUGCCUCCUGCUUGGCCAGGUGGACUUGAGCUCUAUGGCCUCCAUCCGUAGCUUUUCCUGGUGGCUUCUGCAGGAGUGUCCUGAGAUACAUCUGCUGGUUAACAAUGCUGGAACCUGCGGACUUCCCAAGACACUUACCCAAGAGGGCCUUGAUCUCACCUUUGCCACCAACUAUGUUGGGCCCUUUCUGCUUACAAAUCUACUCCGAGGGGCCCUACAGCGGGCAGGGUCAGCCCGGGUGGUGAAUGUGUCUUCCUUUCGGCAUGCACAUGGGUAUGUUGAUGAGGAACAUCUGACAGGGGCUGGUAAACCCUUGAUCUUUAACCAGAAUUAUGACUGCAGCAAACUGCUCUUGACCUCCUUCACUGGGGAGCUUGCCCGGAGACUUCAAGGGACAGGUGUGACUGUGAACUCUGUGGAACCGGGUAUAGUGUACACAAGUAUCAUGAAGCAUUUUUCUUGGUCAUACCGCUUCCUCUUUUGGCUCUUCAGCUUCUUCUGUAAGGAUGUCAGACAAGGUGCAGUCCCAGUCCUCUACCUGAGCUUGGCAAAGGAGCUGGAUGGCAUUUCUGGAAAAUAUUUUAGCAGUUCCUGUAGGAUAAUUCUUCCCGCGAAAGCUGCUCAGGAUCCUCAAGUGGCCCAAAGGCUCUGGAAUGCCACGGUCCAGCUAACAAACCUGGACAAGAUGGACUGA